AUGAAUAAUAAUAUUUUUGAAUUAAUAAACAGUCAAGCAAGUCAAUCACAAUCAGAAACAAUUACUAGAAUUAAAGUUAAGAAAAAGAAAAACUAUGGAAGAUUAAUUAAAAAAUUGAAACAUAAAUUUAAAUUGGCUAAUGUUGUAUUACAAAAAACAGAUAUAUCAAAAGUUUUCCAUUUAGGUAAAAUUGAAGAUUAUCGUAAGAAAUCUGAAGAGUAUAUGGCGAAGACUAAAGCAUAUAAAUGCUUAGGAAUAAAUAAUCCAUUACCAGAUUUAAUUACAAGAACUUAUAAAUAUUUACUAGAUUUAAGAUUAGUCAAAUGGAUUACUCAAAAACAAUAUGAAAAAUUAUGUAUUAAUCCAUGUGAAGUCGAACUGGCUCAAUUAUAUUACUUACCAAAAGCUCAUAAGCUUGGUACUCCUUUACGUCCAAUUAUAAGUGGUCUCAAACACCCUACAAUUAAAAUAUCAAAAUUUCUUGAUGAAUUAUUACGCCCAUUAUUUGAUAAAAUGGCUCAAGAAACCACAGUUACUUCUGGUUUUGAAUUAGUCAAGAAAUUACAAGAAUGGUCAAUUGUGAAUAUGAAUCAAAAUACUAUAUUUUGUACUAUUGAUGUUAUUGAUUUAUACACAAUGAUUCCACAAGUAGAAGGAGUGUUAUCAUUGAAGAAAAUGUUAGAUUAUAUGGAACUUAAAAAAGUGGGCAGUUUAAAAAUAGAAACUAUUAUUAGAUUAAGUCGAUUUGUGAUGCAGAAUAAUUAUUUUUCUUAUGAUAGCCAAUUUUAUCAUCAAAUUAGAGGUAGAGCUAUGGGAUCCCCUUUAACUUUAACUAUGGCUAAUUGUUAUAUGUUUUUCUUCGAAAGAGCAAUUGCCAAACAAAUUAAAAAUAGUGGUGGACUCUAUUUUCGAUAUAUUGAUGAUAUCUUUAUUGUGAUAAACUGGCCUAUUCGACAUUUAUUUAAACAAAUCGAUAGAUGGAAUCAUUUUGACGAUAAUAUAAAGUUAUCAGAAAAUAUUGGUUUUACAGUUGAUUUUCUAGAUUUACAUAUAGAAAAUCAAGAUGGCCAAUUGUCUACUAGAAUUUUUCAAAAACAAUCUUAUGAGCCAUAUUAUUUACCAUUCAAUAGUAUUCAUCCGUUGCACAUGAAAAAAAAUAUACUAUUUACUAUGUUACUCCGUGCUAUUAGAUACUGUUCAACCGUUCAAGCAUAUCUAGAUGAACGCGAAAAGUUACGAAUGGCAUUACUAUUAAAUAAAUAUCCGAAUAAAUUUAUUGAGGAACAAUUUAAUAAUAUUUUUAAAAAAUUAAAUAUUGAACAAUUGCUAACAUACAAUAAUUAUGCCCAAUAUCGUCAAAAAAUUACAGAUUCCCAGAUAAAAGAAAAAGUACCUAUAGAUUAUGGAAAAACAGUGUUCGUACAUUUUACAUACUGUUCAAAUAUGAGGACAUUCCCAGGUAAAUUCCAUGUUUUAUGGAAUAAAUAUUUUGGUGAAUCUCCCAUCAAUGAUAUUGUACCUAUUCUUGGUACUUGA